GCUGGGUGAGGCCUGCCGACAGGUGAACCGGAACCGAAGGUUGUCUUUUUCCAAUGUUUGUUGUGGUCACGCGACGGACUAACGGCUGGAACGGAGCGCGCGCCCGCCAUGGAGCGCGCGCCUAGGGGGUCCAGGGCAGGGCCGCGCAACCACUGUCAGCGCUUCAACUACAUCUGUCUCAAAAUCAUCCUCAUCAUUUAUUCCACUUUCUUCUGGUUGAUUGGAACUUUCAUCCUCUGUAUUGGCAUAUACGCAGAAAUUGAAAGACAGAAAUACAAGACGCUGCAAGGUGCCUUUUUAGCUCCAGCUGUCAUCCUGAUUUUGCUGGGCAUUCUGAUGUUUGUGGUGUCUUUUAUUGGUGUUUUAGCAUCUUUGCGGGACAACUUGUGCCUUCUUAAAGUGUUUCUCUAUACACUUGCAAUUUUACUGAUACUGGAAUUGCUGGGUGGAAUUGUGGCAUUGAUCUUUCGGCAUCAGACAUUAGACUUUAUAAAUAAAAACAUCCGUAAAGGCAUUAUACGUUAUUAUGAUGAUUUGGAUUUCAAGAACAUAAUGGAUUUUGUUCAAGAAGAGUUUAAAUGCUGUGGUGCAGAGGAUUUCACUGAUUGGUCACUGAAUAUGUACCAUAGUUGUGAAGGACGUGCAGCUGGGCCUCUUGCUUGUGGUGUGCCAUACUCUUGUUGUAGACGCAAUAAGACAGAUGUUGCCAAUACAAUGUGUGGUUAUAAAACACUGAAUGAGCAACGUUUCACUGUCCUUCAAAUCAUCUAUGUCGGUGGGUGUACAGACGCAGUGCUGAAUUGGUUAUUGGGACACUAUGCAGCCAUGGCUGCCAUCCUGUUUGGUAUAAUAGCACCACAGUUUUUUGGCGUUUUAAUAACUUGGCUGUAUAUCAGCCGGCUGGAAGAUAUCAUCUAUGAAUAUGAUGCCAUGGAUAUUGGCCUGAUGAGUGGACCGUCUUAUGGAAACUAUGAAAGUGCAAGCACAUCAGGGGCAGGAUGCUGUUGGUGUUUACCCACUCUCGAUGCUGUUGUGUGAAAUUUGUUGUAUGGGAUAAUUACAUUGAGUUACCGGUGUCUCAGGAAGCAGUACAAUUUGUAAUACAAUCCAGGGAUUCUGAUGAUGUUAAAAGAUUGAGAGUUUAUAUUGCAGCAGUUUAAGAAGACAAUCUAAGUCCACCAAAAAAAAUAUUUUGGCACUGAAAGUAAACAGAGCACAGUUUUGGGUGGAGAUCAGAGUUAAGAAUCUAUAUCCAAAUUGAAAUCCAGCUUUUAAACUUUCAGAUUCUGGAAGACCUGGGUUGUAUUACCAAUAUUUUCUGUACUCUCCCUUCAUUUCGUAUUACAGUACUUAUAACACUCUCAAAUUCCCAUUUUUUCCAUUUAAUGUACAAGAAGCACUAUAUCUUUCUACACUUUUUAAAGGUGCUGUCAUUUUGAUUUCAGGGCAAAUAUGUUUUGUUUUGUGAUAAUGCAACCUUGUAUUUUGCUACCUCUCUGUCCUGUUACUUCUCCUUUGCAAUAAUAUAACUAUUCUCAAGGUGCAACAGGUACUCCAUCCAUGUAUUUCAGCAUCAUAACCCUGAACAACAUAAGUAGCGCCUCGACAUACGAACAACCCCGUUCACGAGCAAAUCGGUUUACGAACAAGAUUGUACGUAAAAGUUUGCUUCAAUGUACGUACGAAAUUCAAGGUACGAACGCAAAAAGCCUGUGUGCAAACACAUGGUUUCAUUGUUCUACUUUGCUACACGCUUGUUGAACGCAAAAGCUCUCGGAUCCCGCGUGAUCUCAUUCAGUUCGUCUUUAGCGCGUGCACUGUGAACAGCGUUCAUUGCUACGUCCAAGCAUUCUUAUGCUAUCCAAACAAUGGGAAAAAUUGAUUCAGUUCGCAAACUUUUCGGUUCGUGAACCGGGUCCCGGAACGGAUUAAGUUCAUAAGUCGAGGCGCUACUGUAUUACAAAUUGAGACAAGAAUUGGAAUGAAUUACUUUUUGUGCAUUAUGAUCAUGGAUGAAUUGCAGAUGUAACCACUCCUUCAGUUGGACUCGCCUCGUCCAAAUGUUUUGUACAAACAUGGACUUGUGUACUUCAUCCUACACCAAUCUGCGUUCCAUCAAGGUGAAUGUUCAGGAUUUUAGGCUGACAGGCAACUUGCUGCUUUUUAAUAUUUUUUGUAAAUUUGAUUGCAAUGUGUAUCUAAUUGUUAAAAGGAUAGACAGAGAGCAAUUUUACCAACAUGACUGAUUGCAAGGAAUUUUGCCUCUUGGGAAGUACACAUCAGAAAAUCCCAGGUAUGACAUUUUUUUCCCUUCUCAUAUAUUACAACUGGUGGGGGAACUCCUUGUAGGUUUAUCAGAGGCAAACGCGGAGAAUUCUGGAGAAACUCAGUACCUCUGGCAGUAUCUGAGGAGAGAGAAACAAUUAAAGUUUC